AGGAUAGGACGGCCUGCAGCAGAGAGCUAGUCACAUCGGGCACCAGAUCCUGUCCUGCAACGAAUCCCAGUGCAACGAAAUGCAAAUAAACGAAAGCAUGGCGCCCAAGUAGAACAUUCCACUAGUGCCCGACAGCAAGCCAACAAGCUCCAGCUCCUGUUUCUCUCUCAAUCUACUUCCACUUCGAAUCCGACUGACCCGAAUCCGACCGCGAGUCCGGGAUGACGGAGCAGAAGAACCAGGUGACGCGCGCUGCGCCGGAGCAGAGCAACGACUACCGGGUGGUAGUCUUCGGAGCCGGUGGCGUGGGCAAGAGUUCGCUGGUGCUGCGCUUCAUCAAGGGCACCUUCCGCGAGAGCUACAUUCCGACCAUCGAGGACACCUACAGACAGGUUAUCAGCUGCAACAAGAACAUCUGCACGCUGCAAAUCACGGAUACUACGGGUUCGCACCAGUUCCCGGCCAUGCAGAGGUUGUCCAUCUCGAAGGGACACGCCUUUAUCCUGGUCUACUCCGUGUGCUCCAAGCAGAGCUUGGAGGAGCUGCGGCCCAUCUGGGCGCUCAUCAAGGAGCUCAAGGGAGCCGACAUCCCGAACAUUCCCGUCAUGCUUGUGGGCAACAAGUGUGAUGAGACCGCCGAAUUGCGUGAGGUGUCCCAGGCCGAGGGUCAGGCGCAGGCGACCACUUGGAGCAUAUCCUUCAUGGAGACGUCGGCCAAGACGAACCACAAUGUGACCGAGCUGUUCCAGGAGCUGCUCAACAUGGAGAAGACGCGCACCGUUUCCCUGCAGCUGGACACCAAGAAGCAGAAGAAACAGAAGAAGGAGAAGAAGUCGAAGGACACCAACGGCUCGAUUCCGGAGAACGGGGACGCGGGGGCCAGUGCCAGCGGCGGGGCCAAGGAGAAGUGUCUCGUUAUGUAAGCAUCGGAUGGCAAAGGCAUGUGACCCGGGUCACAUUGCUGCGAGUCGAGCUGGAGUGACGGAGCAGGAGACGGUGACAGACAAAUACUCGCCUUGGGGCGGCAGCGUGGGGUGGGCGGUGUUGGAGGGGGUCGUUUAGGUAGCACCACCCAGCCAUCCAACCACCCAUCCACCCACACGGGCCACGCACCACACACACCCCAGACAACCCACACAACCACUUACCCACAUGUAGAGUUACAUCCAUAACUUGACACUUGUAUUUAGGAACUGAUGUAAGUCACAACACGAUUGCAAUUACGAUUACGAGAAUAUUUUGCAUAGGUUCUAUUCGAGCAGAUCAGAUCUUUUUAGUCGCACAGAUUACACGAUACCAGAUACGAUACUAUACUAAACACACCACAACACGGAAGCUAACCCUAAGUUGACACAUACAUAAUCGCAUCUGAAACGUAACGGCAUACAUAUCAAAUGUUUACAUACUUGCAUGAUCCACCACCCAUUCAUAACCAGGUAUCAAACGAAAGCUAUACACUAUAUCUCUAACGAAAGCCAAAGUACCUAUUUAAAGACAUAGAAUCUGUAUAUCUACUACGAUAUGAUAACAACAUUUACAUGGAUCCAUCAACGGAAGACUUCUCCAUGGUCGCCACAGAGACCAUCGCGGGGCAUCUGGGCAUUAGGAUGCCUCCCCUGACUAUCAUUGCUGUUUAACUAUUUACCACCUAACCAGAAUAAUACAGAUUUGGACGAGCCCCGAUCGCCACAUAAGCUAAUGUAUAAAAUACUCAUGGCCAACAACACACACAGAUCCGGAAACUUGAACCAAUUCGCGAUGGCAUUGUGUUUUUGUAUUAUAUUAAAUGUGUAUGUACAAUUUUACACUUAUUUGCUGAAAUUUAUUAACGAGAACAUUUUAAUAGCAGCAAAUCCGAAAAGAUUAGAUCAGAUCAGAAAUUUAGCCUAAGUCAGAAUCAAGUUCAAGUACAAUUGCAUUCAUCAAGUGAGCCAAGGAACACGUACAUCGAAGGAUAUUUGAAGAGCAUUUGAAGGUGCAUUUUUGCAGUAGCGUAGAUGGGAUAUAAGUUGCCUGUUUUUAAAACACUUAUGUAUCGUACGUAUAACUUAACAUAAACCGUUCCCAAUUGUGGUAUUCGUUAUUUUAAUAGUUGGUUGGCUUGUGCGUAGGCGUAGGAGUUGAACGAAUUGUUUCGCAUAGUUUGCUGUUGUUUGAUAUUAAGAGGAUUAGUUUUUUAAAUUUUACCAAUCAGACUAAGUGAAUUAUAUGCUUUAAUCGCUGCUAAACCAUUUAGCCAACAAAGGGGGCAAGUAAUUACAUUAAUUAUGAUGUUGCUCAUCAAACUGGUACUGGUAUCUUUGGCUGCUGGUCCGCCGUCCAGCAGUGCCGGACAAAUAAGUAGAACAGCCAACACAAAUCAAGAAGUGGAAAUUACACACUAGAUCUAAAAUAAAUUGUUGAAUUCGAGUAGAGAAAUUAUUAAUCAAGAUUAUGAUAGCGGACCAAUUUGCGUAUAAGAUUUGUGAAAUCAAUUUAGAUAAAUUCUCUCGGUUUGCCAUAGACAUGGACGAUUACAAAUAUGCAAGCCUUAGUUGAGAAUUAUAGGUAGCCUGCCUGUGCUUUGGGUUCUGCUUCGUGUUUUCCUAGUUUUAGGUACGUUUAAUUAUAGACAGACAGCAAACUGGGUUUUGGCUAUUCAGUAUGUGCCAUGUAUUGGAUUACAUUUUCCAUCACAAAUGCGUAAAAUUACUUAGUUGCAUAAAAUUAUAAUAACGAUGAAUUGUAAUUAAAGCAUAAUACAUUUUAGGUGCAUGAUUUAAAAUACAACGAAUAAAUAUAUUUACACCGGAAUUCUUUUCUAAUUUUUCUUACAAAUAUAUACACACACCAUAUAGAUCUAUAUACAUAGAUAUAUAAUUAUAUUAGUUGUAUACAUAUUGAAUUAGAUUUUACAAGAUUCGAAAACCGAAUAUUUAAUUAUCGCUUACAUUCAAUUAAUACGCAACUCAAACAGAGCGUCCACUGCUAAUAAUAUAAAAAAAUCGCCUCAGCGCCAAGUUGUAAAUAUAUAGGAUCAACAAGUUACAUACAAAUUAUAUCCGAUUUUUUGAAAGGCCGGCAGCAUAAUAAUAAUAAGCAAAAUAUAAACAGUUGGUGGCCUACUUAAAAGAUCUUAUUGUUGAAGAUUUAUCUUAAUAACACUUAUCGUGCAAAUGAGAAUAAGAACAUGCAAAAUAAUUUAAAUAAAAAUUUAACUAUGACAAAUCAA